AGUUCCCGCCUGGCUUCGAGGUCCUGCGUGAAGCCGCUUUCCGCUGCGCAGGGGAAGCGGGAGGAGGAAUACGAUCCCGGAGAGGGCACCUCGAGCCAGACGCGGUACCCGAAGCGGAGCCGCAAGUCCGUCAACUACGCCGAGUGCGAAGUUCCCUCCGAGGACGAGUUCUUCUACUGCCUGGAGUGCGGCGAAGACCGGCACGGCGACUGUCCCGUCCACGGACCGCUCGAGUUCGUCAAGGACACCCCGGUGCGUGGCCGGUGCGGCUACCUGGUGGACGCCCGGCCCCUGUCGGAGUCCAACUGGAUGCGCUACGUCAACUGCGCCCCGAGCGAGAAGAGCCAGAACCUCGUGGCCUUCCAGCACAGGGGAGGCGUCUACUACCAGACAAGGGCCAAAAUAGCGCCGGGGACCGAGCUGCUCGUCUGGUACGGGGACGAGUUUGGCGCCGAGCUAGGACUCGUCGAAGCCAAGGACGGAGCCCAGAAGAAGCACCAAGAAGAGGCACCGUCCCUCGAGGGGCCAGCGGAGAGCUUCGCGUGCGGGGACUGCGACAGCGUCUUCGCUUCCCUCGAGCACCUCCAGGGACACCGGAAGAGGAUGCACGAGAGGGGAGGGGGCAGGCACCGAUGCGGUCACUGUCCCUACUCCAGCGAUAAGAAACCAAACCUAGUCAGGCACCAGCGCACCCACACGGGACAGAGGCCCUUCAAGUGCGGCACCUGCGGCAAGGCUUUCAAUACGCAGAAUGACUUGACCAGGCACCAGACAGUGCACACGGGCGAGCGCCCUCACGAGUGCGCCGAGUGCGGGCAGAAGUUCGCUCAGCUGGCAGACUUGAGGACGCACGAGAGGACGCACAGCGGAGAGCGGCCCCACGUCUGCCCAGAGUGUGCGAGAAGAUUCGUCCAGAGAGGUGACCUCGCAAAGCACAGGCGAACCCACUCCGGCGAGAAGGCCUAUGCCUGCCACCUGUGCUCCUACAGGACCUGCCAUUUAAGGAACGUAAAGAGGCACGUGAUUCGGGUGCACUCAAAAGAGUAUCCCCACAAGUGCGGGGACUGCGGCAGAGGAUUCGUGCUCCCAUGCGAACUCAGAAGCCACAUGAGGAGGCAGCACUCCUCCGACGACCAGGAGCGGUAGAUGGACUCCGUGAUGGGGGAGGGGGGAGGGCACCGGGUCCUAACGACACUGGGGAAACCCGAAGACAAGGGUGACACCGGCGAGUUCUUCUUUUGCUUUUUAAUAAAUACAUUGUAC